AUGAGUGCUAUCCAGAUAGAAACAAUUUCUAACGUUAUCAGGAAGGUAGGUGGUCCAGUGUCUGUGACACAGUUAGCGAAGUCAGUGGAUUCGGGCUUUGCAAAGCAUCUUCCAGAGUCCUCAGUUGUGAUCGGAUCCAAUGAUGCAUAUGCCAUUAUAAUUAAUAGCUUGAGCGAUUCAGAUUUUGAUCAACUUCAGACGAUAGUCACUGAUAGUAACACUGUUUUGAAAAGUCUUCCGGUUUUACUGUCUCUUGGCUUUAAAAGCAAGAAGAUAGUGUCGCAUGUGAAUGUUCAAGAUUUUGAUUUCUCAGCCGUAAGUAGUUUGAGAGAUUUAGAGUUCCCUGUAUUAGUUUCACAGAAUGCUGCUGAUGCCUUGAGAGUUUGCAAAUUAGCCUACAAUCUUUCUGAGAAGCAGAAUGGGCCGGUGUUUCACUUUUUUGCGGCUUCAAAUUUUAACAAUCAACCUGCCAAGCUUGAUGACAGAAAUGACAUCAUUAUUGACGUCUCUAAAUAUCAAGUUGAGGAUUUAUUUACUAAUUUUAAGGUGAAUCCAUUCGAAAUUGUCAACAAAGUUAGCAAGCCUUCUGAUUCUAUAUUGUACUUGGGUCAGUUAUCUUCUGAGUUGGUAGAGGCUGUUACCACUGAGCAAACAGUAUUAAUAUCUGUCCAGGUGUAUCAACCUUUUGACUUACAAAGCUUAUUGAAAGUAAUACCUUCAUCUGUUGAGACAAUAACAUUAGUUGAACAGUCCACUUCGUCUUCACCUUCAUUUUCACCAUUGUUGUUGGACUUCUUUCAGGACUAUACAAAGUACCAUCAUUUGAAGACUUUUAGCAAAAUUGUUGCAGCCUCAUGUGGAUAUAUUAAACCAGAGAAAUAUACCGAAAGUAUUUCUAACUUAUUGAAGAAUACUAGAAGUGAGCAACCAAUUCAAAACUUAUCAUUCGGUAAAAUCAAUACUGAGUUGGCAACCAAAUCCUCUAAGAAGCAAAAAUCCGAUUAUGCUGAUGCGAUUGAUAAGGCAUACGUUUUAGAACAAGCAUAUUUCAAACUAUUAAGACAAGCUACUUCAUCAAGAUUAAAUGUUUUAAAUGAAUAUCAAUCUGAUAAUAUAGGCUUUGAAUCUACGCCCGAAUACGGAUUUGGUUCGUUUUUAUAUGACGAAGAGAAGAGGCAGGCAUUAUAUGAUUUGGCAAGUAAAUCCGUGCAGGAAAACAACUUCAAGUCCAUUGACAAUGGUGCCUUGAUUGAUGCUUUGUCUAAAUGGUUAGUUCAGGUUAAAGAAGGUGAGCAGAUUCAAGAUACUUUAAGUGAACAAAUAAUAUCGUUACUUCAAUCUGAUGGAUCAAGUGCUAAUUCUAAAGAGUUAUUGAAACUUUCCGAAUACUUCGAUUUAAAACAAAAUUGGUUGAUAGGUUCUGAUGCUUGGUCAUAUGAUCUUGGUUCAUCCGGUGUUCAUAGUUUGAUAACUUCGGGAAAGAAUAUUAACAUGUUGGUAAUUGAUUCUGAGCCUUAUCAAGACAAAUCUGCUGACAAAACUGUAAAUGGAUUCCGUAAGAAAGACAUUGGCUUAUAUGCAAUGAACUAUGGGGGAUGUUAUGUUGCUUCUGUCGCAAUCUACUCCUCGUACACUCAAGUUUUACAAGCCCUUAUUGAAGCUGCUAGUUUCAAUGGACCGUCAGUCGUUUUGGCUUAUCUCCCUUAUAAUAGUGAGUCAGAUGAUACGUUGUCUAUUUUGCAAGAGACAAAGAAGGCUGUCGACACAGGCUACUGGCCAUUGUAUAGGUACAAUCCUGAUAUCUCCGAUGAAAAGGAAUCAUUCAAAUUAGACUCGUCUAAUUUGAGAUCCCAGCUCCGUGGCUUCUUAGAUCGUGAAAAUAAGUUAAGUUUGCUAGCAUCCAAGAAUCCUCUCUUAUCAAGAAAUUUAACUGCUAACGCAAACACAGAGAUUAAGCGUGAGCAAGAGAGAAUAGCAGACGAGUCUUAUGCUAAGUUGUUACAAGGUUUGUCGGGACCACCACUCACUGUUGCAUUCGCUUCUGACGGUGGUAACGCUGAGGGCCUUGCAAAGAAGAUACAUAGGCAAGCUAUAGGAAGGGGCUUGAAAUCAUCUGUAUUGGCUAUGGAUGAUUUGAGCAUUGAAGAUUUGCCCACCGAAACAAACGUUGUUUUUGUCACCUCUACGUCGGGUCAAGGUGAAUUCCCUACCAACGGAAAGCAAUUUUGGGACUCAUUGAAAAAUGCAAAUGAUUUAGACUUAUCUGCUGUUAAGUUUUCUGUUUUUGGUUUGGGUGAUUCUGAAUAUUGGCCAAGAAAGGAAGAUAAGCAUUACUACAAUAAGCCUGGAAAGGAUUUGUUUGCGAAAUUGAAAUUAUAUGGCGGUGUUGAGUUAGAAAAUCUUGGCUUGGGUGAUGAUCAAGAUCCUGAUGGGUUCAGUACUGGUUACAAUGAAUGGAUUCCCAAAAUAUGGGAUGCCUUAGGUGUUGGCAAUGUCGAAGGCGUUGAAGAGCCGAAACCUUUGACGAAUGAAGAUAUGAAGAUAAAUUCUGAUUAUUUGAGAGGAACCAUCGUGGAAGGGCUCAAUGACCAGUCUACUGGAUCGAUUUGUGCAGUCGACCAACAGUUAACCAAAUUCCAUGGUAUUUAUAUGCAAGAUGACCGUGACAUAAGGGAAGAACGUAAGGCUCAAGGCAUGGAACCAGCAUAUGCAUUCAUGGUUCGUGUUAGAUUACCUGGAGGCAAUGCAACUCCUAGGCAAUACUUAAAGAUGGAUGAAUUAGCUGACACGAGAGGUAACGGUACGUUGAAGAUAACUACUAGGGCCACUUUCCAACUUCACGGAGUUGUGAAGCAUGACUUAAAGCCUGCUAUCAGAGGCAUGAACUCAGCAUUAAUGGAUACCUUGGCUGCUUGUGGUGAUGUCAAUAGGAAUGUUGUCGUUACAGCAUUACCGUAUAAUGCAAAGAUUCACUCUGAAGUGUCUCAAGCGGGCGCGUUUAUCUCAGAAUACCUCUUACCAAGUACUACUGCUUAUCAUGAAAUUUGGUUAGAAGGCGAAGAUCAAUCUGACAAGCCAGGUGAUAGAGCAACUUGGGAAAAUAGGAAGGAAGGACCGAGAAAGAAAAAGACUUUAGUAGCAGGUAACGCUCUAGCAGAUGUGGAACCUCUUUAUGGGCCUACCUAUUUACCGAGAAAGUUCAAGGUCGUAAUUACUGUCCCACCUUACAAUGACGUAGAUGUCUAUGCACAUGAUAUCGGACUUAUCGCAAUCGUUGAAGACAAUACAGUCAUCGGUUAUAAUGUUUUGGCUGGUGGUGGUAUGGGUACCACCCAUAACAACAAAAAGACUUAUCCCAGAACAGGUUCAAUGUUUGGAUACGUUAGUAAAGAUAAGGUUCAUCUUGCGUGUGAAAAAAUCAUGCUAGUUCAGAGAGACUUUGGUGACAGAACUAAUAGGAAGCAUGCGAGGUUGAAAUACACCAUUGAUGAUCUUGGAGUCGAUGUCUUCAAGCAAAAGGUUGAAGAUUUGUUAGACUUCAAAUUUGAGGAUCCAAAAGAGUUCAAGAUAGACUCCAAUGUAGAUUAUUUUGGUUGGUGUAAAGACGAGCGUGGUCUCAAUCACUUCACUGCUUUUAUUGAAAACGGUAGGAUUGAAGACACUCCAGAUUUACCUCAAAAGACAGGAUUGAAGAAAAUUGCCCAAUAUUUGGAUGAAGGAAGAUCUGGUGAAUUUAGAUUGACUGGUAAUCAACAUGUUUUGGUUUCAAAUAUUAAGGAUGAAGAUUUAGAUCACGUCAAAUCUUUGUUGUCGCAGUAUAAGCUUGACAAUACAGACUUUUCGGCUUUGAGAUUGUCAUCUGCUGCAUGUGUUGCAUUCCCAACCUGUGGCUUGGCAAUGGCAGAAUCUGAGCGUUAUUUACCUAAAUUGAUAUCUAAGUUGGAAGAAGCGCUUGAAGAUUAUGGUUUGAGACAUGAUUCAGUCGUUAUGAGAAUGACAGGAUGUCCUAAUGGGUGCGCAAGGCCCUGGCUUGCUGAGGUUGCACUCGUUGGAAAGGCGUACGGAGCUUACAAUCUACUCUUAGGAGGUGGACAUCAUGGUCAAAGAUUGAACAAGAUCUAUAGGUACUCGAUCAAAGAAGACGAAAUCUUGGAUAUUUUGAAACCUUUGUUCAAGAGAUGGAGUUUGGAAAGGAAUGAAGGUGAGCCAUUUGGUGAUUUCUGUAUUAGAAUUGGGGUAAUUAAGCCUACGACAGAAGGUAAAUAUUUCCAUGAUGAUAUCCCUGAAGAUGCUUAG